AUGCAGAUCACUAGCCUUCUUUCUGUUGCCACCUUUGCCAGCAUGGCAAUGGCCGCUUCCAUCAAAGUCAACUUCUACUCUGAUACCGGAUGCCGAAACUACAUCGGGUCUCGAUUCAUCGACUACGACCCCAACCAGGGCGGUACCCACCACAGGGGUGGCCCUGCAGGCUCUCGAGGUGGACUGUAUGUUGACUCGGACGGAUCUGGUCUUUCCUACCGCGGAUUUACCAACCAUGCUGACGGCAGCUCCCCCUUCACUGGAAAUCUGCGCGAUGGCCAGUGUAUUGGUACCACCAAUGGCAUCUAUGCCGUCUUCACUGUCUAA